GGGGGACAAGACUGAUGGAAGAGAGCAACACCAGCAGGGAGAGGUACCUGAGGAGUGUUCUACGAGAGCUGGUCACAUACCUCGUUUUCCUGGUGGUCCUGUGUGUCUUGACUUAUGGCACAGUGAGUUCCAGCAUGUACUAUUACACAAGGGUCAUGUCACAGCUCUUCCUGGAAACACCUGUAUCAAAAAUGGAGAAAACGGAUUUCAAAACCUUGUCCACAAUGGAUGACUUCUGGAAGUUCACAGAAGGCCCUUUGCUGGAUGGUCUGUACUGGGAGAUGUGGUACAACAACAGAACCAGGGCAGAAAACAAAAGCUUCAUUUACUACGAGAACCUGCUGCUGGGGGUGCCCCGCGUGCGGCAGCUGAGGGUGAGGAACGGCUCCUGCUCCGUCCCCGAGGACCUGAAGGAGGAGAUCAAGGACUGCUAUGAUGUCUAUUCCGUGGCCAGUGAGGACACUGCUCCCUUUGGGCUGCGCAACGGCACGGCUUGGACAUACACCAACGAGAAGGAUUUGAAUGGGAGCAGCCACUGGGGCUUGAUUGCCACGUACAGUGGGGCUGGUUAUUACCAGGACCUCUCAAGGACCAGGGAAGUGACAGCUGUGCAGGUGGCUACCCUUAAGAAGAACCUGUGGCUGGACAGAGGGACCAGAGCAGCUUUCAUUGAUUUCUCCGUGUACAAUGCAAACAUCAACGUGUUCUGCGUUGUCAGGUUGGUGGUGGAGUUUCCAGCAACUGGAGGCCUUGUUACCUCUUGGCAGUUUCAGCCAGUGAGGCUGAUUCACUACAUCUCCACUUUUGACUUUUUCCUGGCAGCCUGUGAAAUGGCAUUUUGUCUUUUUGUUCUUUACUAUAUGGUGGAAGAGAUCUUAGAAAUUCACAUUCAUGGACUGCACUACUUCAGAAGCCUCUGGAAUUGCCUUGAUAUCCUUAUUAUUGUGCUCUCUGUAGUAGCUAUAGGAAUUAGCAUCUAUAGGACAUCAACUGUUGAUAUGCUCCUGAAGAAGCUGCUGGAAGAUCAGAACUCAUUCCCUAAUUUUGAACCUUUGGCAUAUUGGCAAAUGCAAUUCAACAACGUUGCUGCAGUCACUGUAUUUUUUGUCUGGAUUAAGCUGUUCAAAUUUGUGAACUUCAACAGAACAAUGAGUCAGUUAUCCACUACCAUGUCUCGCUGUGUCAAAGAUGUCAUUGGCUUUGCUAUUAUGUUUUUUAUUAUUUUCUUAGCAUAUGCUCAGUUGGCCUAUCUUGUCUUUGGCACUCAAAUCGAUGACUUCAGCACUUUCCAGGAUUGCAUAUUUACUCAGUUCCGCAUCAUUUUGGGAGACUUCAACUUCACAGAGGUUGAAGAGGCCAAUCGGAUUUUGGGACCCGUUUAUUUCACUACAUUUGUGUUCUUUAUGUUCUUCAUUCUUUUGAACAUGUUUUUGGCCAUUAUCAAUGAUACAUACUCGGAAGUCAAAACAGAUAUGGCACAACAGAAGGCAGAAAUGGAACUGUCUGACCUUAUCAGAAAGGGCUACAACAAAGCCAUGAUCAAACUUAAACUGAAGAAAACUGCUGUUGAUGACAUUUCAGAGAGUCUGAGACAAGGUGGAGGAAAACUGAAUUUUGAUGAACUCCGGCAAGACCUAAAGGGGAAAGGGCACACAGAUGCAGAGAUUGAAGCAAUAUUUACCAAAUAUGACCAGGAUGGGGACCAGGAAUUAACAGAGCAUGAACAUCAGCAGAUGAGAGAUGACCUGGAGAGAGAGAGGGAUCUGGACCUGGACAGGAGCUCGCUGCCACGUCCUCUGAGCAGCCGCAGUUUCCCCCGGAGCUUGGACGACUCUGAGGAGGAUGAGGAUGAAGACAGUGGACACAGUUCUAGGAGGAGGGGCAGCAGCUCUAGUGGGGUGUCCUAUGAAGAAUUCCAAGU